AUGCUGCUCUGCGUCACCUUGCUUCUCCUCCUGGGGCUGUCUGCAUGCACUGUGGCAGGUGACAAGGAACUGGCAGUCGAUGCUGAAGUGGGCUCCUGGGAAGAUGUCAUCCCCAGCAUCCUACUUCAGCUCCGAGAGGUGAAGAAGGGCAAAGCAAGCCAGUUCUUUGGGCUAAUGGGGAAGCAGGUAGGAGGAACACCUCCCAUCCAGUCAGAGGGAACAGAGCCUGUCUUCAUGGCCUAG